AUGAGAUUCCAGAAGUAUCUGAGGAGAAAUGUAUAUGCACCGUAUAAGUACAAUUACCUUGAUUACGAAAAUCUGAGAGAGAAGUUUAGGGAGAAAGAGUUUACUUCGAGCGAUGAAGACGAGUUCGUCAAGGACCUAGAUUCCAACAUAAAGAGAGUUUUUGGGUUUGUUGAAUCCAAGCAUUCCGAAUUUGUACAAAGGCUGAAGACACUAGAGAAAAAAUCACAUAGAGAGGCAAAGACCAAGAUAAAGGAAAUGGCCGAGGAGAUGCGGCAUUUUGCAGAGUUUAUAAGAAUCAACGUCAUAGGAUUCAAAAAGCUCUUGAAAAGACAUGAUAAGCACACCAAGUACAAACUUCUUCCCUCUUACAAACCGAUGCUAAAAGGGAAGAUUAGAUCUAUCGAGGGUCUUGACGAGUUGAUAUACAAGGCAAGUAAGAUUUCUCUUAAAGUUUCAGAGAUGAAGAAAAGAGAAGUUGAAAGCAACAGCACGUUUAUAAGAAGAACCGACAAGUAUUGGGUCCACAAGGAAAACUUAGUACCUGUGAAGUUUUAUAUUACCCAGCAUCUUCCAAUAUAUGUUUUCACAAAAAACAACGAUGGAAAGAGUCCGUACAGUUCAUGGGACAAGAGUUCGCAUGACUCCUGCAUAUCGUCUGUUUACUUUGAUAACGUAACAUUCGAUCUUUAUAGUGAGAGACUUAAGAAACUGCAUCACUCAGAGGCCAUCAGGAUAAGGUGGUAUACCUCUGAGGACCCGGAAGUGGUGUUUGUCGAAAGGAAGAGACACGAAGAUGGAUGGACUGGAGAGUCAAGCAAGAAGUUAAGAUUUAUGAUAAAAGAAAAAGACGUGCUUAAAUACAUUAAUGGAGAAGAUGUAUGGGAGGAUGUAGAGAAACUGAACAAAAAUGAAGACGUAAGAACAUUGUAUGAAGAAAUACAGUCGUCUAUUAUCAAUAGGGGGUUAAGGCCUGUUGUCAGAACGUUUUACAAAAGGAGUGCGUUUCAGCUUCCAAAUGACUCCAGUGUCAGAGUCAGCCUUGAUACAGACUUAUGUAUGAUAAAAGAAUGUAGUGAUGGUGAAAUAGCCGAUCCAACCGGUCCAAUCCGAAAAUGGAGAAGAAGUGAUGUGGGAUGCGACUUUCCCUUUAGAAAUGUCCCAAAGAAUGAGAUAGUUCGCUUUCCUCAUGCAAUACUCGAGAUCAAAACACAAAGUUUUGACGAGACAAAUCCUAAGUGGAUUGAAGAGCUUAUCAAUGGCCCAUUAGUGGAGCAUGUGCACAAGUUUUCCAAGUAUCUCCAUGGUUGUGCAGUCUUGUAUCCAUUUAUCCAGGAUAUUCCUUAUUGGCUUCCUCAAGUAACUGUAGACAUAAGGAAGGAUCCAUUUCAGCCAGAUGUGGACAAGAAGUCUUUUAAGGAUACGGUUCUAGUCGAUAUUCCUGCAGAAAGUGAUCCCAGCAACAGUGAAAAGCUAAGUCCUAUAGAAGUACAUGGAAAAAGAAUAUCGAUUCCUGUCCGUGUUGAGCCGAAGGUAUUUUUUGCUAACGAAAGAACGUUUCUGUCUUGGGUCCAAUUUGCCAUCUUCUUAGGAGGUAUAGGAAGUGCUUUAUUGGGCCUUGGGGAUGAGAAGGCUAGUCUCUCUGGUUUGAUUCUGGUCAUUGUAGCAAUAAUCUUCUCCUUCUAUUCUUUGUACCUUUAUCUAUGGAGGGCCAAAAUGAUAAGAAUGAGGGAUCCAGGACCAUACGACGAUAUAUAUGGCCCUGCUGUUCUUGUCUGUGUGUUUUUAGUUGCUAUGGGACUCUCAGUUUUCUUUAAGUUUCCACUAAAGAGAGUCUGA